GUCUGUGAGCAUGCAAACUUGGAGAGAAAAAAAAUCAGUCUCUCACAGAUGAGGGCACAUCUGCCGGAGUCCGAACUGCCUCUUUCGAGAGAGACUUGCACACCUCAGCUCGGGGCGUUUCGGUCACCAGUCACUUGGAAUUGUACUCUCCUUAUCAAGGCUCUCUCUGGUACCUGCCGAAAGACAUUCUGACAUGAAAAUGCAUGAUGUUAUCCAAUAUGUGCCAAGUAUUAUGAUAUCGCACAACAUUGGGACAUCGUCAUCUCUAUCCUUCAGGAAAAACGUCUUACAGUAAGAUUGAGAGAGGGAUUUUUGCCUUGGUUGAGUACCAUCUAAACAUGCAACAUGAAUCCCACUAACAGCACUGGAGCUGGUGGGCUUGCGCCCUGGAACUUAAACAGCUCCUUGAGCAACAUUUCAAGUGAUGUCUUCUCAGCCAACCUCAGCUGUAAUGAUUCUGGCACCAAUGAGACCUGUGUGGCGGGGGAGGAGGUGGUGGGAAGCCCCUAUAAAGCAGUGGAGAUGGUCUUCAUCGCCCUGGUUACAGGCUCCCUUAGCUUUGUCACUGUCACAGGCAACAUCCUGGUGAUGCUCUCCAUUAAAGUCAAUCGGCACCUCCAGACUGUCAACAACUACUUUCUGUUUAGCCUGGCGUGUGCAGACCUUAUCAUUGGUGCGUUCUCCAUGAACCUCUACACUGUCUACAUCAUUGUGGGCUAUUGGCCCCUGGGACCUGUAGCGUGUGACUUGUGGCUGGCCCUGGAUUACGUGGUGAGCAAUGCUUCUGUCAUGAACCUUCUUAUUAUUAGCUUUGACCGCUACUUCUGUGUCACCAAGCCCCUGAGUUAUCCAGCCAGAAGGACCACCAAAAUGGCUGGGCUGAUGAUAGCAGGUGCCUGGGUUCUCUCCUUCAUUCUUUGGGCCCCUGCUAUCCUGUUUUGGCAGUUUAUUGUUGGAGAGCGCACGGUUCCACCAGGAGAGUGCUACAUCCAGUUUCUCUCCAACCCUGCCGUCACCUUCGGCACAGCCAUCGCUGCCUUCUACCUGCCUGUGGUCAUCAUGAUGGUGCUCUACAUCCACAUCUCUCUGGCCAGCCGCAGCCGGGUGUCCAAGCAGAAGCCUGAGGCUGAGAAAAAGAAGAAGGGCCUCAAGAUACCUAACCCACUCAAGAGCCACAUCCUUAACAGACAGAAUAACAACAACCAGUCCCCCAAACCCAGUCUGGAGUCCUGCAACACUGGUGAAGCUGUGAAGAAUGGCAAGAUUGAUGAGUCUGUUGUUUCCACCAAGGCUGACGCUAGUGUCAAUCGAGAAGAAAAAGAGAGUUCCAAUGACUCCAGCUCAGCCAGCAUUGCCACAAAAAACGCCAAGGAGAGGGCCAACAGUGAAGCCACUGUUGGGGGGGGGAUUGGUGUUGCUCCUGCACCAGGUCCUGCUCCUGCACCUGAACCUGCACCUGCACCUGCACCUGCACCUGCACCUGCACCUGCAGCGGCAACCGUCAAACUCAACCCUACCUCUAAAUGGUCCAAGAUCAAGAUUGUAACCAAGCAGGCUGGUGACGAGUGCAUUACCGCCAUCGAGAUUCAGCCACCCAUCCAGGGGAGCGAGGGCCGCUCUAUCCCAGUCAACCGUCCCCGGAAGGUGGCGCGCAAGUUUGCCAGUAUUGCCCGCAGCCAGGUGAAGAGGAAGCGCCAGAUGGCAGCCAGGGAAAAGAAGGUGACCAAAACCAUCUUCGCCAUCCUGCUUGCCUUCAUCCUCACAUGGACCCCGUACAAUGUCAUGGUGCUCAUCAGCACCUUCUGCCACUCCUGUGUCCCAGACACUGUGUGGGCCAUCGGCUACUGGCUGUGCUACGUCAACAGCACCAUCAACCCAGCCUGCUACGCCCUCUGCAAUGCCACCUUCAAGAAGACCUUCAAGAACCUCCUCAUGUGCCAGUAUAAGAAUAUUGGAACAAGAUGAGCUGGAGCAUACAUACAGUAGUAGGGCUGGUGAGGGGUAAUAUUACUGAGACAUCUGGAGGGCUGAGUGGUACAGUAGGAGGGGAGGAGGGAGCCUCCACAGGGAGCCUCCUCCUCAGUCAUGCUUAUGAAAUGAUGUCACACUCAAUGCUCCUCUGAGAUGUCUUAGCCACAGAAGAUAGUAACAUCACAUCUAUGUCCAACUGAUACAGUAUAAAUAUGAAGUCCAAUGUGAGGAUCGUUCAACUGAAGAAUCUGAGAUCAGCUAAAGUUAUGGAACCCUUGAUGUGAAGACCAACAAGGACUAAUUCGUAUCCACUGAAAUGUGGUAACAAUCUUCAAGAAGCCCAGCUGAAUGUCAGUAGACUAAGGCCAACACCUCUCCAAGAUACCACCACCUAACCAGAGACACUGAGGGCAGUGUUACAUCAUGUCUGGGUGUACGGCAAAAGACACAUUUAAAAAGGAGCUUGGAAAUCUUCCUUUAUACAACAGUAUAAAAUGAAACAAGCAUGAGAUGUCUAAUUCAACUAUCCAUUUCCUCCUCUCCCUCCUCCGUAUUAUCGAGAGUGUUAUUAACUCCUCGCGGAAAUGGAGGCACUCCCUCACGUCAGUGAAUCAUUAUCAUAAUGUGAUAUGUGGUCAUAACAUGGAGAGAAAAAGACGAUACGGAUUCUUUGUCGUCGCAGACUGUCAAGGCAAGUUGCACGUAUGUCCAAGUACUGCAAAAAUACUGCUGGUGACUUGAAAUAAGUUGUUACCCCUGAAAGUACAGUAUGCAUUUCCAUUCACCAUCAGCAGACCAAAAUAUUGAUGUAUCUGUUUUGCUCAAAGAUGUGUUUGGCUCCAAACAAUUAAUGUAUCUUGUUGUUACGUUACAAGGAGAAACACCCACAGGCAACGGUAAAGCUUUAAUUCUUUGCCAGAUUCACAAUUAUGAAAGUGUUUUUAAAAAUGUAUUGAGCCUUCACUGCGAAUGGAACUACCGGUACAAAAAACAAACACUUGUUUAUAGGGGAUACUUAUCUCGAGAGUAUUAAACAUAUUUUCUAUGUUUUCUCCUGCCUAAUUAAGAAUGUGUAAAUAGAAGGCCGUUGUAUGCUCUAAAAAGUGCAGUUUCUCUCAUGCAGUUCAUAUCUGAAUGUUUGUACCUCUCUUGUAUUACGUUUGUGGUUUACACCUAAUUUUACAAAUUGAAUAUAAAAAAUAUAUAUAUAUAUAACUGUAUGUAUACGCAAGAGAUAUUAAGAGAGUGUAUUUCUAAAUUGAUGUAAAGUCAUGAAUUAUGGGAAAACAUUUAAGCAGUUGUUUUUGUUUUGAAUGCCAUUGGUGACUAAGUCCCUUAUAUUUGUAACUUUGUCACUAUUCUCCAUGUUGGAUUACAACGUGUGAAGUCCAGCUUGUACCUCCCCAGCCUAUAAUCACUUUCAUGAGGUCACACCAAUGAUUAUGUGGGUAACAUUACUAGCUUAUCUAACUGGUUCAAUGCAUUUUCGAAGAAGGACCUUCUGACAAAGCACUAGAUGCAUCAAAGUAGGGAGUAGUGGGGAAAAUAACGGAUAUUGUUUGGGUGUGACCUUGUAAUGUAAAAUGACCAACUACGGAUGUGCAUCCAUAUAAAACUGAUUUUGAAAUGAUCAUGGAGUGCUUACUGUGGUGGUAAAGCUUGAUGAAUAAUCUGUCUUUAAUUGAUGAAUAUAACAUUGGCAUGACAGGCUAGGUGCGACCCCAAAAAAAGGGUGUACGGGAGAGUGUAAAACAUGACCACAGUUUCCUGUAAUAUGGGCCUCCCAUAAAACAACCAUCCAGAGACAGUGUACAGAGGAUUGUAUCUUUUUCUAAUGCUUAAUAAAGAUUGUGUACCAUUGGAA